UCUUCCUCUCUCCCCUCUCUCUUCCCUCUCCCGAGAAAUCUAACUGCUCUUUGUCUCUCCCUCCUGUCGUCGUCGCUGCCGGCACCCCCUCCCGUCGCCACCGUCGUCGUCUCUCCCUCCCGUCGCCACCACCGCCAUCUCUCCCUCCCGCCGCUGCCGCCGCAUCCUCCGCCUCCCACCACUGCCGCGCCAUAACGCUCUCCCCGUCGCCGCCCUCUCGCCUCCCUCCAACUCCUGUCAUCUCCAUCUCUCUCCCGUCGUCCUCCUUUGCCGCCGCCGCGAGGUAACGACCUCUCCCCUUCCUUCUCCUUUCCUCAUUCCUUAAUUUUUUUUUCCAGAUCUAGGAUUUUCCAGAUUCCAUAUCUUGUUUUUUUUAUGUUAUUCUCUAGUGGUAUUGAUUUCUGUCUAGUAGUACGCUAUCAGUGUUAGUGGUAUCGUACCACUAUUCACUGGUAGCGUACCACUACUCACUGGUAGCGGUACCAGUGGUAUUUGUAGCGUACCACUACCACUAGUACAUAACACUACUACUAGUAGCGUACCACUAGAUGAAAAUCAGUACCACUAGCACACUGAAGGAGUGGUUUUUUUGCAGAUGGCCGGAGCGAGUCUGAUUGGAGGAUUUCACCUGAAAAAAGUCAUCGGCCGGAGAAAGUUUGACCAUGCUCUAGGCCUUUCCACCGUUGAUCUAAUCUAAUGGUCAUUAUAAAUUAUGAUGAAAUUAAUAAUAAUAAUUACUACUUGCACCCCUUAAAUAAUUACACGUGCUAUAAAGCCCCCUAACAAUAAUUGUCAUGAUGUUUUCUUAUAUGAUACCUAAUCUCGUAGAGUUCUAAUUAUGCAACACCCAAAAUUUAUAAAACUGAUAUAAAAUUUAUCCAUUAAAAUUUUGCUCGAAUGGUUAAUCAAUCAAAACUUCAUUGUCAUCAUCCACUCAAAGGUCAUCGUCAUCAUCAAAGCAACCCCAAUUACUACCCUUAAAUCCAUUGCGGUUUGAUUCUCAACCAAUAAACACACGUUGAUUGAAUGCUCCGGCUUGGAGUUUGGAAUUCCGGGUGACGCGGAUGAGUUGGAGCUGAUCUCCAUCAAUGCCAGGCAGAGGCUUUGAAUUCGCUGCUGCGGCUGCAACUGCGGCACUCGAGCUUCGGCGGAGAGGGGGUUCAGUGAAGCUUGCAGGGAGGAACCAGAUUUCGCUUGGAUGUGGGUCUCUAUGGAACGUUCAGUUGUCGGAGAAGAGAGACGGUGAUUAUGGUGACGUCAGCGAUUGGUAUGGUGAUGUAGGGUUUCGGGAGAAGUGAGACAGUGUCGGGAUUACGGCGGGGACGACAGCUACUAUGGGGUUGCCGGAGAAGAGAUUCGGUAGUCGGCGGCGACUAUGGGGUUGCCGGAGCUCGCAUCUCAUAAGCGGAAUUCUCCUGGCCGGAUUUGAAUGGAAAAGGAGAAACUGCAGAUGGAGAUGGUGGGGAAGAAGAAUACAUAACAGAGGCCUGCCGUGUUAUCGGAUAAAAACACUGAACGACGGCGUUUCUAUAUAAAUGGCAUAUUUAGUAUUUACAACAGUAGCGUAGCUGUUCGUUUUGGAAAAAAUUUAUGUGAUGGUAUGAGUUAUGACUAAGAGGAUAUACGGCUCGAACCAGAAUCCUAGUCUUGCCGAAGAUACCCCAUCCCCCACCUCAGCCGGAUUAGAGUUUUGCUUUUUCCAUAUACACGUUACAUUAUAAAGUAAAAUGGUGUCA